ACCAGAAGCUGAAUUCAGCAUAAAUCCAAACCUGGUGCAGAGCCUGGUGCAUUAGUGAACCGGAGGAGACCGAAGAGAAGUUUAUUCACAUCUCGGAUGUACAGUUUUAACACACUUUGCUCUCAGGAAGCUUGUUAAUCAUAGACUUGAGUCUCACAUAGGGGAGCACGAUUAACCUGCUGGAGAAGAUCUGAGGAUUUCCCAUACACACCGAGACGCUGUUAUCCAACGUUCAUCUCCCGGAGGUCAAAGGUCACGUCACCAUGAGUCGCACAUGGCUAAAAGGACUUGCUCUCGUUUUUUUAUCCCAGAGCGCUUUCUCCAUGACUCUCUUUAAUGCCACGGAGCUGAGCUCUCUCUUGGAAAAAUAUGCCGAUGAAAGCGAAGCGAAACCCAGAGGGAAGCGGGCGAUCAGCGCCAUCGAUAAACAGGCCAUCCUGGACCUGCACAACAAACUCCGAGGUCAAGUUUAUCCACCUGCGUCCAAUAUGGAAUACAUGGUCUGGGAUACUGAGUUGGAGAGAUCUGCCGAAGAAUGGGCUGAGACAUGUUUAUGGGAACACGGACCACAAGGCUUGCUUAAUUACAUCGGCCAGAACCUAGGAGUUCACUGGGGAAGGUAUCGCCCUCCUACAUCUCAUGUACAGGCGUGGUACGAUGAAGUUAAAGAUUAUUCCUUCCCAUAUCCUCAAGAGUGUAAUCCUUACUGUCCGUUCCGAUGUACAGGGCCGGUGUGUACUCACUACACACAGCUUGUUUGGGCAACCAGCAGCCGGAUCGGUUGUGCUGUUAACGUGUGCUAUGAUAUGAACGUCUGGGGACAAAUCUGGACGAAGGCUGUUUAUUUGGUCUGCAAUUAUUCACCAAAGGGGAACUGGUGGGGAAGUGCUCCAUACAAGCAUGGUACACCGUGCUCAGCAUGUCCACCCAGCUAUGGAGGAGGAUGUAAAGACAAUCUGUGCUACAAAGACGACAAUCAAUACUAUUACGAGGAGACCGAGGAAGACAACAUCAUCGAACCCGAAGCCCCGAUCACCACCAGACGCCCUGACACACACUCUCACACUCACAGCAUCACUGUUGUGAGCACCGAACAGAUGUCGCAACUUGUAACAUGUGACACGAAACUUCGGGACCAGUGUAAAGGCACGACGUGUAACAGGUAUGAAUGUCCAGCUGGAUGUUUGGACAGGUCUGCAAAAGUGAUCGGAACAGUGUAUUAUGAAAUGCAUUCUAGCAUCUGCAGAGCCGCCCUUCAUUACGGAGUGAUCGAUAACAACGGAGGCUGGUUGGAUGUCACGAGAAAGGGCAGGCAGGAGUUUUUCAUCAAAUCAUACAAACAUGGAGUUCAGUCUCUUGGGAAAUAUCAGAGCGCCAACGCCUUCAUUGUGUCCAAAGUGUCCAUACAAGUUAUUACAUGUGAGACUACAGUGUCUACAUUGUGCCCAUUUGAAAGCCCGGUUACACACUGUCCCAGAAUUUACUGUCCGCAUAACUGCCUGCAAGAAUACCCUCAUGUCUCCAGAGUCAUUGGGACCAGAAUCUAUUCAGAUAAAUCCAGUAUCUGCAGAUCAGCAAUUCACGCUGGCGUGAUAAAGAACGGACAAGGCGGCUACAUCGACGUGAUGCCGGUGGAAAACAGGCUGUACUACUACGGCUCCUAUCAAAACAACGUUUUGUCUGAGAGCAUGCAGAACCCUCCAGGAGGAAAAGCCUUCCGAGUGUUUGCAGUCAUUUGAGCGCAUCGCUCGAGUCGAAUCCCUUUUUUGUUCUGGUGGUUGUUUACACAAGUGAUUACUGAGCUAAGUACAGUGAGAAGGUGGAGAAGAACGAAGAGAUCUGUACAUAUUUGCUAUAUUUUGUUCCGUUCGUUUUGUGGAUGUUGUAUGCAAUGUUUUGUCUUUUUGCAACGUUCUCAUCCUGAAUUGAAAGCAUUUUUAAUUAGAGGACAAUCCAUUGAAUAGAAUAUCCAAAGGUCCAAAGUCUGGGUGCAUUUAAUAGAAUGCUUUUCUCCACCAAAAAUAUGUUGUCUCAAGGCAAAACACUUUAAUAUAUUCAUAUUCAAUUUCACACAGAUGAACUGCAAUGAAUUUUUUUAUUAUUAAUAACAAUAAUAAAAAUAGUAAUAAUAAUAAUAAUAAUAAUAAUAAUAAUAAUAAUAAUAAUAAUAAUAAUAUUCCAUAGCUAUCAGUCUUUUAAACAGAAGCUGUGUGAAUUAUUCGAUAGCGCACUCAGGCUUUUGGACCCAACUUUAUAUAACAUCAAGUUACAGAAAGCAUUAUUUAGCUUUGUGGAAGUUAGUUCUCACUCAGAUCUCUGAGAAAACAAGACAGGAAAAGGAAGUCCAUCUAUAAUUGAACGAUAUGAUUGACAUAUUAGGUUGGUGACUUAUAGAUGAAAGCUGGCUCAGAAGAAUUUUAAGAGAUUUUUUUUUUUUCAUUAACGUCCAGGCUUCUAAACCCGCAAAGUAAAUGACCUGAAAACUUUAAACCUGAAAUAUACUGAGAAAGGAAAGGCUCAUUAAAAAAAAAAAAAAAAUUAAAGUAUUAUCAUUAGAUUAAGCUAUAGUUUAAAAAAAAUGUGUAUGAAUAGGAUAAUAUACAUAGCAUAAGAAGGCAAAUAUCGAAAUGAACAACCUACAGUAGUAUAACAGUCAUAUAUCUUCGCACACUUUGGCUUAAUUUAGAAGUCUGGGUUUAUUACUUAGCUGCCAUCCUAUAAAAUAGCUCUAUACUGCAGAUGCUGAUACACUAAUAAAAUGAUACAGAAACAGGCCCAGUCACAAAACUCAAUUUUUCUUUUACCUGAGUAAAUGUAAGGACGGGCAUUAAGCCGUGGAAAAAAAAUAACUUUCAUUAAAAGUAGCUAUGGUGGAGUCAGAAAGUCGGAAAGUAUCUACAGUUAAAUUUACUCAGAUGUAUACUCAAGAGUAAAAGUAAAUAACCAAACUAACCCAAAUUAACAAUCUAGUCAUGAAUUCGUGAAUCUUUUUGGACUUUUUAGAAUGAUUGCUAAGCUGGCCUUCGAAAAAUACUAGCUAAAAUAUUUACCAAAUGUUUUUGGAUUGAUUUGCUCAGAUUGCCUUUUGCUCCAUCACUGAUCAGCAACCUUCCAUUUAACCUUGACGUGGAUUUCAUUUUAAAUUGCGACAAACAGCUAAGCGACAGAAAUUUUAUUUAAUUGUAAGCAAGAAAUAGUAUGGUUUUUUUUUCCUCUUGAAGUUUUACUUGAGGAUUCAUUAAUAAUACUUGAACAAAGGACAAGAUUUUAAGAUAGCACUUAAUUCCAGUAACAAAGUACAAUUCCCUCAAGUCCACCUUUAUUCUGUUGAGUCUACGGAAGAUACGAUUUAAUCAACAUAAAGAACUUGAGAUACUUAGAGGUGAAAAGUGUGAACAAUUUAUCUUUUUUUUUAUUUUUUAUUUCAUAGUAUCAUAGUAUAUUUGAUAUUGCCAUGAAAUGGCACUAUAGUUUUGUGCCUGUACAUUGCUCAAAAUAUGUCAUUUAGCAGAAAUUAUACCAAUAGCAGGACACAGGCAGGAACCUUGAAUAGAGUAAAUAGCACACAACUGUACAUACAACGUGAACAGCUAACAGAUUUUUUUUCCGACUUGGUACGUCCACAUGUUUAUUCAGGGCUGUAUAAGGUCUGAGUACAGAUGUGUAUAGUUACCAUAUUAACAUCUUGCUACAUCAAGCCCUUACUCUCAACUCUGCUUAUUAAUUUAGAAUAUAUAACAACAUCUUAAAAUGUUUCAAUAUGCACUCCUGCGAUAAAUCAGAGCUACCUGAUGAAUCAAUAUUCUCAAUCCGUUAGAUUGUACUACGGAGGAAGUCAGCUGUGAUGUCCCCCGAUUAUGGCACAUGUUUAAAAAAAAAAAAAAACCAUUUGUUUUUGUAUUUUUGUCAUUGUUUAUGUAUUUUUUAUAUUCGUACAGCUGCUAAGUACUUUUUUUUUUUCUUUAUACCUGAGGUAUUGUAAAGAUUAGAAUAAUGAUUAUAUUCCUGCAGAGCAGGAAACUAUAUUUCAAUAAUUUCCGUAACAAAAAAAAAUGUUUGUACGUUGACAUCAUUAAACAUUAUGUAAAUAUUCUCUGUUUUUAUAGUUGCACAUGAGUUAGAAAUAUAAUUUAUCAUAGUAGGUCAAAAUCAAUAUUGUUAGUAUUUGGUAUUUAGGCUCGAUGCUGUUAAUGUACACAGUAU